AUGGAGGAGCAAGCAGCUGCGAAAGCGCCCGCCCCGGUGGCUCCCGCGGGGCCGCCGGGGCACCACGCGGGCUGGGAGCCGUCUCCGGAGGAGCGCACCGUCGUCCGGAGCAAGAUGAUGGAGAUAUUCGCGAAGACGAAGCUGGGGAGUCGCGCGGAGCAGAUGGAGGAGUUCGUGAACAAGCUCGAGGUGCACUUGAUGCACAAGGCCCGCUCCAAGGAAGAGUACAUGAACGAGAGCACUUUGGAGGCCCGGCUCCAGCACCUGGUGGCUGGGCUCAAGAACUCGAGUGCGAAGAACGCCGGCGCGGAGCAGGCGCGCAGCUCAGCCCGUGGGCAGCAGCAGCAUCCGCCCGCGCAGCCCAAUGAAGGCCCGCCGGCCCCGUCCGCCGGCUAUUACCAGGCCGAGGCGAAGCCGGACACGAUGCACAUGCAGCCCAUGAAUGGCUCCGUGCCGCUCCAGGCGCCGCAGCCAGGCCAGGGGUACUCUACCGCGCACAAUCGGGAGUCGACUAGCAUGAUGGGCUACUCGGGCAGAGGGAUGCCCCCCGGCCCCAUGGGCCCCGGGAACUCCGCGGCGAUGCUCAACCCGAGCAUGGCUACCAUGUACGGCGGCUUCGACGGCCCGAACGCCCCCGCGGAGGCCAAGAUGGCGCCUCAGCGGGGCGCACCACUCGGCUCCGAAGGCAUGCACCUCGCGGGGAGCGCACCGCCCGGGUCGGUCCCGAACCCGUCCAUGACAGGAGGAUUCCCGAGCAACGGCAUGAUGGUGCCCACCGCGAGCCAGCCCCCGUCCUCUGACCCCGCCGGAGCGGGCCUUCUGCACACGAUGCACCCAAUGGGCGGCCCCCCCGGCAGCGGGCCGGGCCCGGGCGACCGCAUGGGCUACUCCAACAUCGGUAUUCGCGCCUCCAACGGCGCUGGACCGCCCGUUUACAGCCAGGGCAUGUCAGGGCCGCCGCAGGGGAUGCCAACGCCGGGGCUGCCUGCUUCCAUGGGCCCUCCCGGCCCGGGCAUGAUGGCCAAUGGGGCGCCCGUGCUCCUCCGCGGCGGCGGCAGCGCCUCGGGGCCGAUGCGCUCGUCCAGCGGGCCCGGCGGCGUCCCCGGCAUGAUGCCGGUUCCAGCGAGCAUUCCCGUCCCGGGGCGCAUGUCCGUGCAGGGCAUGCCGCCGCAGAUGGGCGCGCAGAACAGCGGGCAGAUGCGCUCCGGCCCGCCGAUGAUGAGCACCCCGGGGGGGAUCAUGCCCAACCCCCCCAACGUGCCGCAGAGCUACGGCAACAUGGGCAGCUCCGGCGGCAUGAUCCCGUCGCCAGGACUCAGCGGGCCGCCCAUGGGAGCGCCCGGGGGCAGCAGCUCGAUGAUGAUGCCCUCGUCCAUGUCCAUGUCCAUGUCGAUGUCGAUGUCGAUGCACAUGCCCAUGAGCGGGCCAGGCAUGCCCAUGGGGAUGUCGCACGGGCCGACGUCAAUGCCGAUGUCGAUGGCGCAGCCGUCGCUCGGCAUGUCGCAGCCCAUGAUGCGCGGCAUGAUACCCACCCCGGGGACUAAUGUGGGCGGUAUGAACAUGAAGAUGGCCACGCCGGGGAUGAACGGGCCGCCGAAUGGGCCGCCGCCCGGGGCGCCCGGGCCGAUGCGGCUGCCGCCGGGCGUGAUCCCGACGCCCGGGCAGCAGGGGCCGCCGGGGCAGGGCGACCAGCACGGCAUGGGCAUGCACAGCGCCAAGGGCGGGUGGGGCGGCGACGUGGGCGAGCAGGAGCGCGCGGCCAAGGUGGAGAAGCAGAAGCUGUUCAUCAAGAAGCAGCAGCAGUGGCUGCUGUUCCUCCGGCACUGCGCGCGGUGCCAGGCGCCCGCGGGCCAGUGCGAGUACGGAGACAACUGCUCUGUGGCAAAGGAGCUCUGGCAACACAUCCUGACGUGCAAGGACACCAAGUGCCAGUACCAGCGCUGCGCGAGCAGCCGCGAGCUCCUCAAGCACCACUCGAAGUGCAACAACCCGCAGUGCCCGAUCUGCAUCCCAGUGAAGACGCACGUGGAGCGGCUGCGGAGGGCGGCGAUGGCGCAGCAGGCGGGGCAGGCUCCGCCGCCGCAGCAGGCUCUGAUGCAUGUGCACCGGCCGCAGGGCGUGCCGAACAUGAGCGUGCCGAUGUCCGCGCAGGCGGCGCAGGCCCCACAGCGUGUGGCGGGCAUGAAGCGCCAGCCGGACGCCGGCGCGGUGGCGCCGAUGCGGAUCGUGCAGCAGGGCCCGCCGAAGCGCGGCCCGAUGAACCAGGCGGGCCUGACGUCGCUCCUUGAGUGCUUCGACGUCGAGGAGAUGCAGCAGCACAUCACGUCGCUGCGGUCGGGGGACCCCGCGCAGACGGACCGCUCGCGCGUGCACACGGACGCGAUGGGCGUGGACGUGAACACGUGCAAGGCGUGCCACCAGCAGGGCCUGACCUUCGCGCCGCCGACGUUGUGGUGCGGCGUGUGCCAGCUGCGCAUCAAGGCCAACCAGCAGUACUGGACGGGGCAGGAGCCGCAGCUGGACAACCAGCGCGUGUACAUCUGCAACGGGUGCUACGGGAAGCCGCCGAAGGAGCACAUCCACAUCGACGGCAUCGCGAUUCGAAAGGCGGGGUUGGAGAAGAAGCGCAACCAGGAGGAGACGGAGGAAGCCUGGGUGGGGUGCGACCGGUGCGACGCGUGGGUGCAUCAGAUCUGCGGGCUGUUCAACAAGGGGCGGAACCCCGAGGAGGCGACGUUUUUGUGCCCGGAGUGCAUGCUGGAGAUGACGCAGCGCGGGGAGCGCGCGCCGCUGCGCACGCGGCCGUCGCACAUGCUCACGGCGCGCGACCUGCCGCCGUGCGCGCUGUCGAAGUUCCUCGAGCAGCGGCUGGAGAGCGCGAUCGAGCGGGAGCGCGAGGACAAGGCGCGCCUGAUGGGCGUGGACGCGGCCGCGCUGCCCAGCACCGUGGGCGGCCUCACCGUGCGCGUCGUGCAGGCGUGCAAGAAGGUCUGCACGGUGCUCCCCAAGUUCAGGGAGCACUUCGAGGCCCAGGGGUACCCCGCGGACUUCCCGUACAAGCAGAAGGUCGUCGUCCUGUUCCAGAAGAUCGAGGGCGUGGACGUGCUCCUCUUCUGCAUGUACCUGCACGAGUUCGGCGCCGAGUGCCCCCCGCCCAACAGGCGCACGGUGUACCUGAGCUACCUCGACAGCGUCAAGUACCUCCGCCCGGAGGACGAGGCCACGGACCGCGGGGGCAUCUCGGUCCGCACCAUGGUGUACCACGAGCUGCUCCUGGGCUACAUCGAGCACGUGCGGCAGCGCGGGUUCACGUCGAUGUACAUCUGGGCGUGCCCGCCCACGCAGGGCGACGACUACAUCAUGUACUGCCACCCGCAGCGGCAGAAGGUGCCGCGCUCGGACAAGCUGCGGGAGUGGUACCUGACGAUGCUCAAGUACGGGCAGGAGAACGGCGUGGUGUACCACUGCACGAACCUGUUCGACACGUUCUUUGACGGCGGGCGCGAGCACCGCCGCGACCGCGCCAGCCUGAUGGACAUCCCCUACUUCGAGGGGGACUACUGGCCGGGGGAGGCGGAGAACCACCUGGCCAGCCUGACGACGGGCGGCGCGGGCGGGAAGGGCGCGAAGGGCGCGAAGGGCGCGGCGCAGGCGCGGAAGGGCGCGAAGGGCAAGGGGCGCUCCCGCGAGCCUGUGUCGACCGACGAGCAGGUGAUGCGCAACAUGAUUGCAGGCAUGGGCACGAUGCGCGAGGACUUCAUCGUGGCGCACCUGUACCCGUACUGCGCGUUUUGCCGCAAGUACUACGACGGCGAGGUGUACUACGUGCCGCGGGAGGUCCACGCGGGCGAGGUGAAUGCGCGCCACAUCUCGGGGGCCUUCAACGCGCCCGCGAUGCAGCGCGCGACGUUCACGCUCUGCCACGCGUGCUGGACAAGCGAGGUGAACCGCCUGCACGCGCAGCAGCAGCUGCCCGUGGGCAUGGCCGGGCAGAAGGUCGUCCCGAACGGCGUGGCCGUGCAGGACAUGCAGCUCGUCGAGCACCCGCGGCUCGCGGCCACGCACGACGGCGACACGGACUUCCAGUGCGAGUUCUUCGAGACGCGCAUCCAGUUCCUGUCGCUGUGCCAGGGCAACCACUACCAGUUCGACACCCUGCGCCGCGCCAAGCACUCGUCCAUGAUGGUGCUCUACCACCUGCACAACCCCGACGAGCCGGCGUUCAGCUCCAACUGCAACGGGUGCCACGUGGAGAUCGAGCCCGGACAGGGCAUGCGCUGCACCGUCUGCAAAGACUAUGACCUGUGCACACGCUGCCAUCAGGCGGGCAAGCACAAGCAGCACCCCAUGGUCAGCCAGAGCCAGCCGCGCGGGCAGCAGCAUGCGAGCGCCGAGCAGCAGGCUCGGCAGAAGCGGCUCGAGCGCGCGAUCAAGGUCUUCGAGCACGCGGCGACCUGCCAGGACCCCAACUGCCAGGUGCCCAAUUGCCAGCGCGUCAAGCAAACGCUCUUCUCGCACGGCAGCCAGUGCGACGGGCGGACGUGCCAGAUGUGCCGGAAGAUCGCCGCGCUGCUGCACGUGCACAUGCAGCGCUGCAGCAACUCGAACUGCCCCGUGCCCAAGUGCCUCAAGUUCCGCCAGCUGCGGCAGCGCCGGGCUGCCAAGAAGGACCAGAAGCGCCGGGCGAACUUCGCGCAGCUGUAUGCCAGACAGGGCAGCGUGGCGAGCUGA